AUGAAGAGUAAAGAUAUCCGAGAGCUGGCACUGCGAUUGUACAACGACGGCUGCAGUGGGAAUGAAAUUCACAGAAGCUUACGUGGUUUGAUUUCAAGACGAACAAUUUUUUACGGGUUAAAAUUACUUAAAGUUACCGGUGCAAUCGCAUUACAAGAUCCAUCAGGUUGUCCAAGACAAAAUGAAAAAAUUUAUGCUGCUACACGUAAUGAAGCCGAUGAGAAAGGUGCUGUACAUCACAAAGCAAAGUUCCCAGCUGGUGUCAUGGUUUGGGUAGAAGUCUGCUCUCAAGGAAUAACACGGCCAGUGAUUAUUGAGAACGGGACGAUUGACAGUGAUCGAUAUAUUGCUGAUAUAUUGCCUGUUGCAUUAAAGGAUGGUACACAAAUGUUAGGCAAUGAAUUCAUUUUCCAGCAAGAUGGGGCAAAACCUCAUACUGCGAAAAAUACUUAA